CACGUCGUCGUCGAUAACCGUCACUCACCACCCAAGUCGCCGAGAUGGUUCGAUACGCUGCCACCGAGAUUCAGUCCUCGAAGUCGGCCCGCGCCCGCGGUGCCUACCUCCGAGUGUCCUUCAAGAACACUCGCGAGACCGCCCAGGCCAUCAACGGCUGGAAGCUUCAGCGCGCUGUUGCUUUCCUCGAGAACGUCAAGGAGCACAAGGAGGCUGUCCCCAUGCGACGAUAUGCCGGCAGCACUGGCCGAACCGCCCAAGGAAAGCAGUUCGGUGUCUCCAAGGCUCGAUGGCCCGUCAAGUCCGCCGAGUUCCUCCUCGGCCUCCUCAAGAACGCCGAGUCCAACGCUGAUGCCAAGGGUCUCGACACUGGUGCCCUGGUCGUCAAGCACAUCCAGGUCAACCAGGCCCCCAAGCAGCGACGACGGACAUACCGUGCUCACGGUCGUAUCAACCCCUACAUGUCCAACCCCUGCCACAUCGAGCUCAUCCUCACCGAGGCUGAUGAGGUCGUCCAGAAGUCCGAUGCCGUCGCCGAGCGUGACCAGCACCUCAGCUCGCGACAGCGCGGUGCCCGUCUCCGCAAGGCCAUCACCGCCGCUUAAGUAGAGAAGCUCUCUUCCCAAUUUCCUCUUGGGGGGCCCUCUCAAUAGACAAAAAUUGUUAAGCGCUGGUCGAGACUGGUUAUUUCGGGGGAGGAACCUCUUGUGACGUGAACAAGGCACAACACAAAGCACUCCACAAUGUUUUAAGGGUUUUUGCGGGGGCGAUUCGUGGCUUUUCAUCUCCUGGUGUAUGGCAGGCUACGGUGAGCAUGGCUUUUAAAGGGAAACGCAUGCAAAAAUUCGCAAGGCUUUCUUGACGAAAUAAAAUCAAUCAAGUCCUCA